UUAUUGAUGUAGAUUUAGAUGUAUGUAAAUAAACAUACAUAACCCCAGAGUUCGUCCUCUGAGUCCCGUUUUGAAGCAACAAAAUGCGGAUAAACGAUAAAAAUCUUUCGGCUUUUGCGGUGUCCGCGACGCCCGUCGACAAAGAGGGCUACCUCUUCAAGAAGGGCGAGGUGAACAAGAACUUUCAGAAACGAUAUUUUCUCCUCAAAGGCAACCUGCUCUUCUACUUUGAGAAAAAAGGCAGUGAUAAAGAGCCCAUCGGCGUCGUUAUCCUAGAGGGAUGCACCAUAGAAUUGGCCGAGGAUGAUGAGCUCUACUGUUUCAAAAUUGUCUUCCAUGGCACAAAUAACCGGAGCUAUGUCCUGGGUGCUGACUCCCAGGAAGCCAUGGAGCAAUGGAUGAAGGCACUAGCAUGUGCAGGCUAUGAUUACAUGAAGCUGAUGGUAGCUGAACUGCAGAGGCAGCUGGCUGAUAUUGAAGAUGCUCCUAGUUCUUUGACACAAGCUGUAGGUUCGCCAGUGCCACCACCCAGACAACGGCACAACCCGUUCAACAAAAUCGACAGCACCAACCAUCAACGAUCACAAAGUAUGCGGUCCACCGGGCGCAUCGACGAGACGCAGCGCAAUGCUGAGAGCGGCGCUAAGCUGACGACGACAUUCUGGGAGCUGCACAACGCGUACGGCCGCCCCAUCUUGACCGACUACAAUGCGUGGAAGCACGUACAACGCAAACGUGAUCAGGAGCACAACUUAAUCUCGUUCUAAGACUAGACUAGCACCACUGUAUGAGCAUAAUUUAAAUUGUGUAGAAGUAUUAUUUAUAUUAUUAGGUUUCUACGCAUAAACAAACAAGACAGGAGAA